GCCAAGAGAGCACCGUUGUUUCGGAUUCAGAGAUCAUCGUCUCCGUCGUCGGAAAACUCAACAUAAGCUUAAAUCAAUGGCCGGAAAACUCAUGCACGCUCUUCAAUACGAUUCUUACGGCGGUGGCGUCGCCGGUUUGAAGCAUGUCCAAGUUCCGGUACCAACACCGAAGAACAAUGAGGUUUUCUUGAAGUUAGAAGCGACUAGUUUAAACCCUGUUGAUUGGAAAAUUCAGAAAGGAAUGAUUCGGCCGUUUUUGCCUCGCAAGUUCCCUUGCAUUCCUGCUACUGAUGUUGCUGGAGAGGUUGUUGAGGUUGGAUCUGGAGUUAAGAAUUUUAAGGCUGGUGACAAAGUUGUUGCGGUUCUUAGCCAUCUAACUGGAGGUGGACUUGCUGAGUUUGCUGUUGCGAGCGAGAAAUUGACUGUCAAAAGACCCGAGGAAGUGGGAGCAGCGGAAGCAGCUGCUUUGCCUGUGGCUGGUCUAACGGCACUUCAGGCUUUAACUCAGCCUGCGGGGUUGAAGAUGGAUGGUACAGGCAAGCAGGCGAAUAUACUUGUCACAGCAGCAUCUGGUGGGGUUGGUCACUAUGCAGUCCAGCUGGCAAAACUUGGGAACGCUCAUGUAACCGCCACGUGUGGUGCUCGUAACAUUGACUUUGUCAAAUCUUUAGGAGCGGAUGAGGUUCUCGACUACAAGACUCCUGAGGGAGCCGCCCUCAAGAGUCCGUCUGGUAAGAAAUAUGACGCUGUAGUCCAUUGUGCAAACGGGAUACCGUUUUCGACAUUCGAACCAAAUUUGUCGGAAAACGGGAAAGUGAUAGAUAUCACGCCGGGGCCUAGUGCGAUGUGGACUUAUGCGGUUAAGAAAGUAACAAUGUCAAAGAAGCAAUUAGUGCCGCUCUUGUUGAUCCCGAAAGCUGAGAAUUUGGAGUUUAUGGUAAAUCUGGUGAAGGAGGGGAAAGUGAAGACAGUGAUCGACUCGAAGCACCCUUUGAGCAAAGCCGAGGAUGCUUGGGCCAAAAGUAUCGAUGGACAUGCUACUGGGAAGAUCAUUGUUGAGCCAUAAUAGCGUUUUCGGGAUCUUUAACUGUAUGUGUUACUAAAAGUGUCUUCCGUUUUACAAUACAGAUUACUUUCUUUUGUGAAGUUAUGUAAGAGUCCUCUGUUCUCUCAUUACUUUCUUUUGUUGUUUAUAAAAAAUUGAAUGGAAUAGUGAGUUGUUUUGGUAAGUAUUGUUU